AUGGCUCAAAAUUUGAAAUGCCAAUCCUCUACUCCGGCAGGGCUCCCAGUUACAGCCGGAACACCAUUCAAGAUUGACGAAAACACACCUGAGUUGUUCCGACCAUUGACCAUUCGCUCUGUCACGCUUCGAAAUAGGAUAUGUGUUUCGCCGAUGUGCCUUUAUUCCAUUGCAUCCUCAGGACCUCUGACGGGUGUAAUGACACCUCUGUAUAUUACCACGAUCGGCCACAACGUUUUCAAGGGAGCCGCACUUGCCAUGAUUGAGGCCACAGGUGUUCAGCCAAACGGACGUAUCACUCCACACUGUCCGGGUCUUUGGAACGAUGCCCAACAGCAGGGUCUGAAACCAAUCGUGGACUUCAUUCACUCUCAAGGUGGUCUUUGUGGUGUUCAACUGUCGCAUGCCGGAAGAAAGUCAAGCACACAACCUCCUCUGGUCGCGCAGCAGCUGGGAAAGUCGAGCGCAAGAGCUUUCAAAGAAGAUAACGGCUGGCCAGAUGAUGUGUUAGGCCCUUCUGGCGGUGUUGAACAUUCAUGGGAUGGAAAGGGCCUUGACUAUCACGUACCCAAGGAGAUGACAGAGUUUGAGAUCAAAGAGCUGGUGUCAAAUUAUGCGAAGUCUGCCGAGAGGGCCGUGAAGGCUGGCGUCGAUGUAGUUGAGAUUCAUGCUGCCCACGGCUAUCUCAUGAACCAAUUUCUGAGUCCUGUCACUAACCGCCGAACAGAUAGGUACGGUGGGAGUUUUGAAAACCGAAUUCGUGUGUUGCUGGAGGUCAUCGUUGCAGUGAGAGCAGUACUUCCUGCAAGCAUGCCUGUGUUUGUUAGAGUCAGUGCGACCGAUUGGCUUGAGCACACCGAGGUUGGAAAGAAGCUUGGAAGCUGGACGGAAGAGUCAACUCUUCAGCUGGCUAGGCUGUUGCCGGAGCUAGGUGUCGACCUCAUCGAUGUCAGCUCAGGAGGAAACCACCACCAAGCCAAACUCACCGUGUUUGAUGGUGGCGAGAAACAUACUGAAAUUUCUCUGAAGAUCAAACAAGUUCUCAAAGCAGAAGGAAGCAAGUUGCUGGUUGGAACCGUCGGUUUGAUCACUGAAGCGAAGCAGGCCCGGGAUCUGGUGCAGAGCGGUCUCCGAAGAGGGCCUGGAGUUGAUAUCAUUUCCGUUGGCCGGCAGUUCCUCAGAGAACCGGACUGGGUUUUGAACGUCGCUUCAGAGCUUGGGGUGGAUGUUGCUUGGCCGGUUCAACUUGAACGCCUUCGGCCUGGCCCUGCAUCCCGGAUCUAG